CACCCCGGGGCGCUGGGCAAGUCGGCGGAGAGCAGCGGCGAGCAGAGCGGCGACGAGGAGGACGGCUUCGAGGCCGGGGUGAAGGGCGGCGCGGCCUUCGAGCGGGAGGGCAAGCUGAAGGGGGGAGCCCUGGGCAAGAAGCCCAAGGAGCAGCGCUCGCUGCGCCUCAGCAUCAACGCGCGGGAGCGGCGGAGGAUGCACGACCUGAACGACGCCCUGGACGGGCUGCGCUCCGUCAUCCCCUACGCCCACAGCCCCUCGGUGCGGAAACUCUCCAAAAUCGCCACCCUGCUCCUGGCCAAGAACUACAUCCUCAUGCAGGCGCAGGCCCUGGAGGAGAUGCGGCGGCUGGUGGCUUACCUGAACCAGGGCCAGACGCUGAGCACCCCGCUGCCCGCCACCCUCAACCCCUUCGGACAGUCGGCCGUCUACCCCUUCGGCGGCACGGCCUUGCCCGGCUGCCCCGAGAAAUGCACUGCCUUCACAGGAGCCGCCUCUGCCCUCUGCAAACACUGUAAUGACAAGCCUUGACUUCUGGCUUCUUCGGGCUUUUUCUUUUCUUUUUUUUUCUUUUUUUUUUUCUGUGCACUUUUCUUUCUGCUACCAUCAGCCCUGGCUUCCUACCAUCAGUUAAGUCUGGGU